UUUCGAUUUUCUCCGUUUCCAUCCGUUUCCUUUCCAAUUUCAGAUACAUCCUCGCCUCUUCUUCCAUAAUUAAUCAAGACUAUUCGGGCGAAUAAGUUGACAAAUUUGGAUCCGAUUCAUCCUACUUUGAGUUUGAUUUUGAUAUUUUUCUUUCGAUUCUUUGAAGAUCGUGGCUUGCAAGAGAUGGGGAGGUUGUUUCUGCUGAACUUGGAAGGGAAGAUAUACAGUUGCAAGCACUGCAAGACCCAUCUCGCUCUCUGUGAAGAUGUCAUCUCAAAGUCUUUUCAGUGCAAGCAUGGGAAAGCUUAUCUCUUCAAUAAGGUUGUGAAUGUCUAUGCAGGAGAGACGGAAGACAGGAUGAUGAUGACCGGAUUGCACACAGUUUCCGAUAUUUACUGCAUCAAAUGCGGAUCUUACGUCGGAUGGAAAUACGAGGUUGCUUACGAGAAGAACCAGAAGUACAAGGAAGGGAAAUCAGUUCUUGAACGGUUCAAGGUGUCGGGACCCGAAGGGAACAAUUACUGGGUGGCUCAAGCGGGUGCAAGUGAUGCAGACGACGCUUGAGCAUUUGCUUCAUCUGGAUCUGAUUUUUGUACAUUCUUGGUCAUGUGUUGUAUCAUUCAUAUCCUCAUUUUGGACAGCUUUUGUUAUAUGAAGCUGCUCUCUGGAACUUGUUGUAUACAGAUCAUCACUCAGCACAAACUUGUAUCUAAAAAAGAAGAGAGUUUCUUAUA